AUGAAUUUGUUACAACGAUUCUCGUUGUUUACCUGUGGAAGUCUCAGUCGAUAUCAGUCGGUGAUAGCAAUACAAUCAGUUGACAAGAAACAAUUCAACAGUCGAAAAUACUAUUCUACUGACGACAUGGCAGCUCCUGAUGAAAGCGUUGUUUCUAAAGAUGAGAUGCGAAGAUUCAUGGUGGAAUGCAUGACGACAGCAGGUGCUACUGAAUCUCACGCUACACAACUUGCUUUGGUACUAUUGGAAGGAGAUGUUCGUGGUCAUUAUUCUCAUGGACUCAAUCGACUCGAUAUGUAUGUCCGUGAUGUUCAACAAAAUGUGUGCAAAGGAGAUGGUGAACCAGUUAUUCUGAAAGAGAAAGCUGGAACCGCAUGGGUAGAUGGAAACAAUCUUCUUGGUCCCGUCGUUGGUAAUUUCUGUAUGGAUUUGGCUAUCGAAAAAGCGAAGAAUGCUGGAAUUGGAUGGGUUGUUGCUAAAGGAUCGAAUCACUAUGGAAUUGCUGGAUGGUACGCGUUAAGAGCAAUGAAACAAGGGAUGCUGGGAAUGUCCAUGACAAACACAUCGCCAAUAUCGUAUCCAACAAGAAGCGCUGUUCCUGCGUUGGGAACUAAUCCUAUUAGUCUGGCAGCUCCUGGAACUGGCGACGACGCCUUUGUACUUGAUAUGGCAUCAACAACAGUUGCUAUUGGAAAGGUAGAAUUGGCAGCCAGAAAAGAGAAUCCAGUGCCAUUAUCAUGGGGAGUAGGAGCUGGUGGAAAAGAAACGGUUGAUCCAAAAGACGUACUCAACGGAGGAGGACUACUUCCAUUAGGUGGAGUGGAAGUCAGCGGAGGCUACAAGGGAUACGGAUUGAGUUCGAUGAUAGAAAUUUUCUGCGGAAUUUUGGCUGGAGCGCAUUGGGGACCACAUGUCAGAAAAUGGAUGAGCACUAACGCAGAAGCUGAUUUGGGUCAAUGUUUUGUGGCGAUUGAUCCAGACGCAUUUGCACCAGGAUUCGCCGAACGCCUACAGGACUUUAUGCAGACAAUGAGAGCCUUGCCAACGUCGUCUCCAUCGUUCAAAGUGGAAGUCGCCGGGGACAUGGAGCGGCGACAUGAGCUGCUCGUGGAGCAACUAGGAGGGAUACCGUAUCACAAAAACCAAAUCACUUUCAUUAACGAUUUGGCGAGCAAACUUGGUGUCAAGCCAGUCACAUUGAUUCAAUAA